CACAAACCCAUUAAAACAUCUCGAUUAUAUAACAGGUCCAAAGCCUCAUCCCAAACCCUAAUUUCGUAACAUAGGCUGAGCAUUUUCAAAGCACUGAGCGCAUUUUGCUGCCUCCUCUGAGCUGCAUCGAAGAUGAAGUUCAACAUUGCGAAUCCGACUACUGGAUGCCAGAAGAAGCUCGAAAUCGACGAUGACCAGAAACUCCGAGUCUUCUGGGACAAGAGGAUCUCUCAGGAGGUCAGUGGAGAUGCAUUGGGUGAGGAAUUCAAAGGCUAUGUUUUCAAGAUCAUGGGAGGCUGUGACAAGCAGGGUUUCCCCAUGAAGCAGGGCGUGCUGACUCCUGGCCGUGUGAGACUCUUGCUUCACAGAGGAACUCCAUGCUUCCGUGGUUAUGGAAGGAGAAAUGGAGAGCGCCGAAGGAAGUCUGUUCGUGGGUGCAUUGUUAGCCCCGAUUUAUCGGUUUUGAAUUUGGUGAUUGUUAAGAAGGGUGAGAAUGAUCUUCCAGGGUUGACUGAUGUUGAGAAGCCGAGGAUGAGGGGUCCCAAGAGGGCUUCAAAGAUCCGCAAGCUUUUCAACCUUUCCAAGGAAGAUGAUGUUAGGAAGUAUGUCAACACAUAUCGCCGGACAUUCACCACCAAAUCUGGUAAGAAGGUGAGCAAAGCUCCCAAGAUUCAGAGGCUGGUGACCCCAUUGACCCUACAGAGGAAGAGAGCUAGAAUUGCUGACAAGAAGAAGAGGAUUGCAAAGGCCAAGUCAGAGGCUGCGGAGUACCAGAAGCUUCUCGCCACCCGUUUGAAGGAACAGAGAGAAAGGAGGAGCGAGAGUUUGGCCAAGAAGAGGUCCAGACUCUCAGCAGCCGCCUCUAAACCAUCAGCCACUGCUUAAAAACUCAAGUCCUUUCGAGUAGUGGCUUGUGGUGUUUUCUCUUGCUCUGUACGUCAGUUGCUAGAAAUCUAUUUGGAGUUGAGAUAUGAUUUUGACUCUAGUUGAAAAAUUUCUAUUAAUUCUGUCAUUUUGUUUGUGGUGAUGAGAGAUUUUGAGGUGUUCCUACUUGUUAUGUUGGAUGUUUAUCAGCUCAAUACAUACAUUCAAGUAUUUGCUGUUUUCGGUAGUCCAACUUAAUGUGCUCUGAUUUCAGCUCAAGAUGAAAGACCUGUUUGUUAGUAAUGUCAUCAUCUCAACAUGCAAACAUCAUAUUGCAGA